AUAUGCCAGGAUCUUCUAACUCUUCUUCAAACUGGGGUAUUUUUCCAGCACCGGCACAAACGGCGAGUACAUCGAAUGCUAUCGUUCCCUAUCAAGCUCCGCAGAAUAGGAGCAAUGGUGGUGCUAAUGGUUACUCUAGCGGAGGCAGUUACAACAAUGGAGGCGGUAAUUUCAAUAGCGGUGGUAAUUACAACGGCGGUUAUGGUCAGCGUUAUUCUAGGCCUUGGAACGAAGGUUAUAGGGAGUGUGAUCAGUGGUCUGUUACAUGAGCAGGCUGAGGAGAGGGAGCAGCGUAAACGGGAGGCAGCAAAAUUGUCAGCCUUGGAGGAGGAAAAGAAAAGACUCCAGGCAGAAGAAGAGAAACGUGUGGAAGCAAGGAAGGAGAGGGAGUUGCUGGAAGCCAAGUUGGGACAGAUAGUUAGAUCAAGUAUGAAGGUUGUUUGUGAAUCCGCUUUGGGCAGGAAAGUUGAUCUUCCUGGUGAUGAAGAAUCAGAGGUCAGCAAAUUGAGGAAGGAGCUCGAUGAGUUAAAGACAAGAUGCACUGGGGGUACUUCUUCUUCUUCCAACCUUGAAUCGCUACGACAAGAGAAGGAGGCGUUGCAGAGAGCGCAAGGUCAGGGAUCGGAGGAGCAACGACUGCGCCGUGAGAUUGAGGAUUUGAGAGUCAAAGCCAGUGGUGUGCAACAGGAGAAGAGUGACGACCUUGUCGCUUUGCGGAUGCAAGUAGCUGAACUAAGUGGAUUUCGGAAGUCGCUGGAUGAGAAGAACGCUGAAUUGAUUAGCCUGAAGGCUGAAAAUGCGCACAUCCGGAAUGAAUUCAAAGACUUGCGGGAUGAGGUUGUAUGCCUUCGAAAUGAAGGAAAGCGGGGUAGUGUGGUGAUUACAGAAAAGAGUCCACCGGAGGAGCCAUCGCGAGGCAGAACAAAAACCAGUGAGGCUAUGUACACUCCCAAGGAUCUUGAGGACUUGCAUAAGGCGUACAAAGAGGCUCUGGUGCAGAAGGAGUUGGCUCUACGUGAAGCUGAAGCGCUGAAGGAACGUAUGGCCAGGAUGGGAGCGUCUAAGUAUCGGCAGUCUGUUCGGAAAUCCGUUUUCAGGAAGACAACUCCAAGACGUUUAAAAACAGUUUUGAAUGCUGUGGAGAUCGAAUUUGAUGGCAAGAAGGAAGUGCAGGAUGAUGGUAUGGCCAAGGAGAAGGGUCGCACUGUCGGUGACGUGGCGCAUGAUCUGGAGGAAGAAAUGAUCAAGAGAUUCAGGGAGAGGAGAAUGAAGGAUGUACGCGCGGGAAAGAAGGCCGAUCUCGAAAAGAUGUGUGAAGAGGAAGAGAUAUCCUACAUCAAACUCGAUCAAGCAAAGGCUGACAUCGUCGAGAUUCGUGUGCGACGGGAUUAUGAUGAAUGGCUAAAGACGAAGGAGAUCCAUGAUGAUGAGGACCAGCAUCACGAUUAUGCUACCUCGACGGAAGAGAUUAACGAUGAGUGAGGAGGCGCCCUGAGCGUAUCACACCUGUGGAAUUUGGCAUUGUUUUGUCGUGAUUAUCGAGGGUCGCUGCCCACUUUAGAGGUAACUUAUAUU